AUCACUGUUUUUUUUCAUGGAGUCUGGCUUUGAAGAGAGCGUCAUAUGGCUUCAGUCGCUGUCUGAUGGAAAGAUAAAGCACUGGAAAUACUCUCAAUAUAGUGCACACAAAAACUGAUAUUGAUUGUUUUAGGUGGGACUUUUUUAGGUGACCAAAAUAUGUUUUAUUGUCGACCCCAUCCACAGCAGUAAACUGCAUAGCUUCUGUGGUGGUUCUCCUGCUUUUUUCUCCAAACCAGAAACAUGUUGACCACCAUCACCUGAAGGUAAUACAUUCACAAUGGAUAAGUACCUCAUAAAAACUCCAUUUAAAAAAAAUCCAAACUAUGGAGCAUUUAUCCUGAUAAUUUUGAACUAAUUAAGCACUACCAAAACCUCACAGUUUCAUAUGCCCAAUGCACAACUCUUCUUUGUAUGACAAUUUGAAUAAUGAAAUUCCUUUUGAGCUUGCUAGCAUUAGAAUGUUAACAUGCUUUUCCUUUGUAAAACCAAAGAACACUGUUUGAAAACACUUACAAUAAAGCAUAAAUCUCACCUUUGUACCGUUGGUCGAAGUUUGUAUGGGCUCACUGUUGCCCCUUGUGGCUCUUGAGAAGAAAAAGAACACCCACUACAACACCAGUCGUCCAGUACCAGUGGGUGUUUUCCACCUUCUGGCCUCAGGAGGCAGUAAUGAGCCCACAACAGCUUGAUGCAGCACAACGAUAGUAAAAAGACGCCACAGACACAAACAGUAAAUUUAUUGUUGGGUUUUUACAAGACAAAAUACUUAAAGUACGAAGAUUAACUGGUUGGCUUCACAAAUUUAUGUCUGCCAUUUAAAUGAAGCACAAAGAUACUUCCCUGAGCGUUUCUUCAGAGGUUUUCAGGACGACGACCACAUUGGACCAGAGGAAUGAUGACGAGGCUGUGGUGGACCGAGGAGGAACACGCUCCCAACAGGGAACCAACUUUGGGCAGGAGGAUCUCGAAGGCCACAGGACUCUGUACAUCGGGGUCCACGUCCCCCUGGGCAGUACCAGGCACCGCAGCCAUCGCAGGCACCAUCACCAUGGAAACAAACACAGGAAAAAGAGCAGGGAACGGGCCCCCAUCUUGGUGGAGGGUAGAGAGUCUCCUGUUUAUGACACUCCCUCCCAGAGAGUGCAGUUCCUGCUGGGCACUGAGGAUGAUGACGAAGAGCAUAUUCCUCAUGACCUUUUCACAGAGAUGGAUGAAAUCUGUGUUAAAGACGGAGAGGAUUCUGAGUGGAGGGAAAGUGCCAGGUGGCUGAAGUUUGAGGAGGAUGUGGAGGACGGAGGAGAACGGUGGAGUAAACCCUACGUAGCCACGCUGUCUCUACACAGCCUGUUUGAGCUGCGAAGCUGCAUCAUUAACAGCACUGUGCUGCUCGACAUGAGGGCCAAUACCAUUGAAGAGAUUGCAGACAUGGUCCUGGACCACCAGGAGUUAUACUCACCACUGGGAGAUGAGCUCCGACAGAAAGUGCGCGAAACACUGCUGAAGCAGCACCAUCACCAGAACCAAAAGAAGCUUGCUAAUCGCCUGCCCAUUGUACGCUCCCUUGCUGACAUGGGUCGACGGGCAUCAGAGCUCCACCUGGACAAGAAUGGUCAGAUGAUGGCCUCGCAGUCUCAGUUAGCGGGUCCAGACGGGAAAGGGGACGUCAGCAGAGAGAACAGUUCUGUGGACUUCAGCAAGAUAGACCUUCAUUUCAUGAAGAAGAUCCCGGCGGGGGCCGAGGCGUGUAACGUGUUGGUGGGAGAGCUGGAAUUUCUGAACAAGCCCGUGGUGGCAUUUGUCCGCCUUUCACCAGCGGUCAUACUCAGUGGGCUGGCUGAAGUCCCAAUCGCCACAAGGUUUCUGUUUAUUCUCUUAGGUCCCAUGGGUAGAGCGCCUCAGUAUCAUGAGAUCGGGAGGUCCAUUGCAACGCUAAUGACAGACGAGGUUUUCCAUGAUGUUGCCUAUAAAGCAAAAGACCGCAAUGAUCUGAUUGCUGGAAUCGAUGAAUUCCUCGAUCAAGUGACAGUCCUGCCUCCGGGAGAGUGGGACCCAUCCAUACGGAUAGAGCCACCAAAAAAUGUGCCCUCUCAAGAGAAGAGGAAGAAAAGUAACAUUUUACCAAACGGAUUAGUUGAAGGAGAUGAAGAGGAGGAGCAGGGUGGCCACGGGGGUCCAGAGCUGCAGCGUACUGGAAGGUGGUUUGGUGGUCUCAUUCUAGACAUCAAGCGCAAGGCACCGCACUACCUGUCCGACUACACUGAUGCUUUUAGCUUACAGUGUGUGGCCUCCUUCCUCUUCCUCUACUGUGCCUGCAUGUCCCCUGUCAUCACCUUUGGAGGACUACUGGGCGAGGCAACAGAAGGACGCAUAAGUGCGAUUGAGUCGCUGUUCGGAGCCUCACUGACUGGAAUAGCCUACUCCCUGUUUGCAGGGCAGCCCCUCACCAUUCUGGGCAGCACGGGGCCGGUGCUCGUGUUUGAAAAGAUAUUGUUCAAAUUCUGCAAGGAGUAUGGCUUGUCCUACCUGUCUCUGAGAACCUGUAUUGGUCUGUGGACAGCUGUCCUCUGUAUUAUGCUGGUGGCUACCGACGCAAGUUCCCUCGUCUGUUACAUCACACGCUUUACGGAAGAAGCCUUCGCCUCACUCAUCUGCAUCAUUUUCAUCUACGAGGCCUUGGAGAAACUCGUCCACCUGGGAGUGCACUAUCCCUUUAACAAGAACAACAACCUGGAAAAACUCACCAUGUACUUAUGUUCAUGCGUUGAGCCUUCUGACCCCACCAAUGGCACCCUGAAGUAUUGGGAGCUCACCAACGUCACUGCCUCAGAAAUCUACUGGGAAGCACUGGAGGUUAAGGACUGUAUUGAGAAGCGUGGGGAGUUUGUGGGCAGCGCCUGUGGCCCCGAGGGACCCUACGUCCCUGAUGUCCUCUUCUGGUGUGUCAUUCUCUUUUUUUCCACCGUCUUCAUGUCUGCUUUCCUCAAGGAGUUCAAGUUCAGCAAUUAUUUUCCCACAAAGGUGAGAUCCACCAUCAGUGACUUUGCUGUUUUCUUCACCAUCCUCACCAUGGUCUUAAUCGACUAUGCAUUGGGGAUCCCCUCUCCAAAACUAAAGGUUCCCAGCGUGUUUAAGCCAACCAGAGAUGAUCGAGGUUGGCUCAUCAACCCACUGGGACCCAACCCCUGGUGGACCGCAGUCAUCUCAGUGGUACCAGCUCUGCUUUGCACCAUCCUCAUCUUCAUGGACCAGCAGAUCACAGCUGUCAUCAUCAACAGGAAAGAACAUAAACUCAAGAAAGGCUGUGGGUACCACCUGGAUCUGUUCAUGGUGGGGUUGAUGCUCGGUGUGUGCUCAGUGAUGGGCUUGCCCUGGUUUGUAGCAGCCACCGUUCUCUCCAUCACCCACGUCAACAGCCUGAAGCUUGAGUCCGAGUGCUCAGCUCCUGGGGAGCAGCCCAAGUUCCUCGGCAUCAGAGAGCAACGCUUCACCGGCCUCAUGAUCUUCACUCUCAUGGGCUGCUCUGUCUUCAUGACAUCCGUGCUGAAGUUCAUUCCGAUGCCUGUGUUGUAUGGAGUAUUCCUUUACAUGGGAGCAUCGUCUCUCAGAGGCAUUCAGUUCUUUGACCGUCUGACACUGUUCGGCAUGCCAGCCAAGCACCAGCCAGACUUCAUCUAUCUACGGCACGUACCCCUGAGGAAGGUGCACCUCUUCACCAUCAUCCAGCUCAGCUGUUUGGUUAUGCUCUGGGUCAUCAAGACCUCCAAGGCUGCCAUUGUCUUUCCUAUGAUGGUGUUGGCUCUGGUGUUUAUCAGGAAGCUCAUGGACUGUUUCUUCACCAAGAGAGAGUUAAGCUGGCUGGAUGACCUCAUGCCAGAGAGCAAGAAGAAGAAGCUGGAGGAUGCUGAAGAGGAGGAGGAACAGAGCAUCUUGGCAGAGGAUGAGGGAGUAGUGCAAGUGCCAUUAGAAGGGUACAAAGGAAUACCCAUCAUCAAUAUCACAGAUGAGAUGUCAAAAGGUUCUUUUGGAAAUACUUGGAACGCCAACAGUUGAGAAAGAACCAAGACCUCAAAACAUGUUUACUACAAGGCUCGCAGUAUUUCACAACACUGACGAUGAUGAGAAGUGUAAGACGAAGACGGCAGAUGACAGUGUUGUGAGUCUUUGUCACUGUCCCUUCUGUGUGCUCGUAAACAAAUUUGUAUUUCAUGCUGCAGUUAAUCAAUCCUUCAUGUUUAGUCCUGUAAAUCUGUAAGUGAAUAACUGUGUUAUCUAAUAUGUUGCAAAUAUUCUGCCUCUUCAUGAACCGCUGAAACCUACUAUUUUCUGGUGUUAAUGUCACAUUGUACUUUGUAAAUCUAGAUACUGUAUUGCUUCACUGAAUGUUAUCUAAGAGGUUUGUCAUGCUAAGAGACUGUUCAAGUUUUUGUUAUUGGAUCAAUUUGUACUUAUUUUGUUAUAUACUUUGUAUUUUGAAAUAUCAUCAUAUUGACAUAUCCUUGGAUUCUUUAUUUAUUUAUAUACUGAUUCCCUGUAAUUCUCUGUUCUUCUGUUCUUUAAGUUCUAUAUAGACAUUUGUUAUGAUGUGACAAUAAAUAGUAGAUAUUUUAAAAGCUUAAGGUCAUAAUUCUUGACCAUAACAAUAUAAAAACUUUAUGAGAAGCCAUAUAUAAAUGAACAUGAACAUGAAAAGCCUGCUAAAUACACAUUUCUGAUGUCUGUCUAAGGGAUGGGACAUUUAAUGGUUGUGACUAUAGGAAUAAAUGCUUUAAUUUGAUUGAUAAAGGGCAAUAUGUGUACAUCUCUUAAGAACCAAAUGCAAUAGCACUUUCUGCCAGAAUGUCACUUCUCUCUUUAUAUGAGAAAUUAUUUAUCUAUAUUUAUGUUGUGGAAUUAAAUAAAUAUGUUUGCUACAGGAUACCUUGUAUUCUAGCAGAAACGUACAGUAUUUUGCCUCCUGGUGUCAGUGUAUUGCUUGUGUAAUUCGUUUUAAUGCUUGUAUAAAGUUUGUGAAUAUUGAAUUAAAGAGCUUUAUCAUGAAGGCAUUAAAUCCAACUCAGAGGAUGACAAUGAAGCUUUAAUAUUAGUGUUGGAAAAGAACAAGGGAUGGGCUUAUUUUUAAAAAACACUGAAACACAAUUUUAUUAUGCAUAUCUUGUCAAUGUUAUUUUAACUUAAUAAAUUUCUA